GGAGGCGCCCCCACAACGCUUCACAGCACAUCACAAUCGUGUAUUGAGAACAUGAAUAUUUCAUGACAAGUAAGAAAGAUGAUGGGAGAUGUUUCCAAUAGACGGUUGGGAUGUGCUGUGAACUCCUACGUCAGAGGUUGGAAGGUUGUAGUUCUUCGGGUUUGACUUUGACCUGCGCCUCCAAUUUUGGAGGGACACCGAAUGAUGACCAUGUCAACUAUGGGGUGAUCGGCCGGGAGCUUCCUCGUCGAAUUGGUUACCAUUGCAACUUUAGCCUAUGCUAAUUGAGAUUCGAGGCACUUCAUACUAUUUUGCAUUUGAAUUGUGAAUAAAAAUGCCUUGGCAUCCUGAUGCUUUACCGCUUUCCAGUUAUCACGCAGAGGCCGACUGAUUCUCACGAAACCAAGGGUCUGCCGAUGAUGAGAUACCAUCUUCCAUGGGGACAAGCGAGUUAGUUAGGUCAUGGUAGCAGCAUGCAAUUCCUGAGGCCUUUGUGCGUACGUUAACGGAAGGAAGAUUUUUUAAUACUAGCAAUGGAUCAUUUUGAACAAGUUUAUAGAAAUCAAAUAUCAGCACUUGCUCGAUUAGUGUGUGCAGUAAAAUGUGUAAAGGAUGACACUGUUCCAUGCAGAAUUGAAGAGGGCCUCUUCUUGGGAUCUCUUGGAGCUGCAUCUAACAAGAAUGUGUUGAAAGGUUUGAAUGUCACUCACAUCUUAACUGUUGCCAACUUACCAGCGCAGAGCUCUCUAUUACUUACAAGUGAUUUCAUGUGUAAGACGGUUGAAGUGGCUGAUAAAGAAGAUAUGGAUAUAGUGCAACAUUUUGAUGAGUGUUUCAAUUUCAUUGAUGAGGCAAAAAGGGUGGGUGGAGGUGUGCUCAUUCAUUGUUUUAUGGGGAGAUCUAGAAGUGUCACAGUUGUUGUAGCUUAUUUGAUGAAAAAGCAUCACAUGUGUCUAUCCCAAGCUUUGGAUUAUGUUAAGAGUAAAAGGCCACAAGCAGCCCCUAAUCCUGGUUUUAUGCUGCAAUUACUGAACUUUGAAAAAUCUCUCAGAGGUGAGAGCUAAGGUGGUUGCACAGAGGGGGUUCAAUAUGUUUGCCUCCAUAACUCCUUUUGUACAGAGUUCAGCACAAUAUGUCUCUCUCUCUCUCUCUCAUUUGGAAAAAGAUUUGGACCACUGUUUUUCAAAGAUCGGACAUGUAAGUAGAAGAUCGGAUGCGUCCAAAAUGAAUAGCAUUGUGAUUACUAUGGUUAUUUGGUUGCGAAUUAGAUUACCAGAGUUGUAAUUCUGAUAUGACUUGUAAACCACCCAGCUUAAACGCAACAGAUUUUCUCUUCAAUUCAUGUUGGAUUCAGGUUUGGAAUUGUAUGACCAAUACAUUUUUUAAUGAUACCAAGCACCAACCCUAUUGAAACCA